GUAACUUGACCAUGUGCCCGUGUUUGUGGGUGAGAGAGACUGGCACACUUAUGGAAACACUGAGAAGUUUGCGUUUUUACCGCCUUGAGAUGUAACUUCGUGUUAACUUUAGCUUGAGAUUUCAGGGGGGGUCCAGUGCUCCACCGGCCUCCCCUCUGGCUCCGCCCCUGGAGAAGAAGGCAAAAAGAUAAAAAAGGGCACGAAAGGGAGGAGGAAGAAGGCAAAAGAAGGAGAAAAAGAAGGUAGAAGGACGUGUGCUCCUCGUCUAUCUUCACACACGUUUUUGUCUUCGGAACGAGAGGAAACGUGCACGCGCGCAGGGGCGGCGUAACAUUCCAUCGAUCCCGAGAUCGUCGAGAUGACGGAGCCCAUAUGUGCCACGGGUGUGGCGGCGAAGCUGCGUAGUCGCAAGGACCGCCGGGAAGGUCUGGGCCGGAACGACAACGCCAUCAAGUACCUGGAUCAGGACUACGAGAGCUUGCGGGCGCGAUGCCUCCAGAGCGGGAAGCUCUUUGAGGACAGCCUGUUCCCCUGCGCCCCGUCCUCCCUGGGCUUCAACAAGCUCGGACCCAAGUCGUCCAAGACGGACGGCGUGCGCUGGAUGAGGCCCGCGGAGUUGUGCAAGCGUCCUGCCUUCAUCGUGGAGGGAGCGACGCGUACUGACAUCUGCCAGGGAGCGCUGGGGGACUGCUGGCUGCUGGCGGCCAUCGCCUCGCUGACCUUAAACGACACCCUCCUGCACCGAGUGGUCCCGCACGGACAGAGCUUUGAGCAGGGAUACGCGGGAAUCUUCCACUUCCAGUUCUGGCAGUUCGGCGAGUGGGUGGAGGUGGUGAUCGACGACCGUCUUCCCGUGAAGAAGGGCAAGCUGUUCUUCGUCCAGUCGGCGGAGGGCGGCGAGUUCUGGAGCGCGCUGAUGGAGAAGGCCUACGCCAAGUUGAACGGCUGCUACGAGGCGCUGUGGGGGGGCAGCACGUCCGAAGCCUUCGAGGACUUCACGGGCGGCGUGACGGAAAUGUUCAAGUUGAGCAAGGCGCCCUCCGACCUCUUCAGCAUCAUGGGCCGCGCCAUCGAGAGAGGCUCGCUGCUCGGCUGCUCCAUUAACGCCACCAACUCCGAAGACAGGGAGGCGGUCAACUUGAAGAAGCUGGUCAAGGGCCACGCCUACUCCGUCACGGGCUUGGAUGAGGUGGUCUUCUGUGGAAACCUGACCAAGCUGGUCCGCAUCAGAAACCCGUGGGGGCAGGUAGAGUGGACCGGCGCUUGGAGCGACAAUUCUCGAGAAUGGGACAGCGUGGACCCUGACGUCCGCGCUCGGCUACAAAACCGCAGCGAGGACGGUGAAUUCUGGUUGUCCUUCAGCGACUUCCUGCGUGAGUUCAACAGUUUGGAAAUCUGUAACCUGACAGCCGACGCCCUCCAGAACAGCCAGAUGACGACAUGGAGCUCGUCGCUGUAUCCCGGCGAGUGGAGACGGGGCAGCACGGCCGGAGGCUGCCGGAACAAUCCUGCGACCUUUUGGCUGAAUCCGCAGUUCAAGUUGCUGCUGCGGCACCCCGACGUGCCCGGCACUUCGGAUUGCAGCUUCCUUGUGUCGCUCAUGCAGAAGGACCACAGGAAGAAGCGGCGGGAAGGCAAAAACAUGGAGACCAUCGGCUUCGCCGUCUACGAGGUUCCCGACGAGGCUAAAGGGCAGACGGGGGUCCACUUAAAGCAGAACUUCUUCCAGACGCACGCUAUUAGCGCUCGCUCCGAAUGCUUCAUCAAGUCGAGGGAGGUCAGCACGCGUCUGCGUCUCCCGGCCGGCGAGUACGUCAUCGUGCCGUCCACCUUUAAGCCGCACAAGGAGGCCGACUUCAUCCUGCGGGUUUUCUCCGAGAAGCCCGCCGACUCCGAGGAGCUGGAUGACGACGUGGUGGCGGAGCUUCCGAUCGAGAACUAUUUGGACGAGAGUCAGAUUGACGCCGGCUUCAAGAGUCUCUUCCGACAGCUGGCUGGUCCGGACAUGGAGAUCAGCAUCAACGAGCUGCAGACCAUCCUGAACCGCAUCAUCGGCGAGCAAAAAGACCUCAAGACGGACGGCUUCAGCAAAGAGGCGUGUCGCAGCAUGAUCAACCUCAUGGACUCGGACGGCAGUGGCAAGCUGGGCUUGGUCGAGUUCAACGUGCUGUGGGAGAAGAUUCAACGCUACAUGACCAUAUUCAGGAACUAUGACCUGGACAAGUCGGGAAGCAUGAGCUCCUACGAGAUGAGGAAGGCGCUGGAGUCCGCAGGCUUCAAGCUGACCAAUCACCUGUUCCAGCUCAUCAUCCUGCGAUACGCCGAGGAAGACAUGGCCGUCGACUUUGACAACUUCGUCACAUGUCUCGUCCGCCUGGAGUCCACGUUCAAAACAUUCAAGAUCAUGGACACGGACGCAGACGGCGUCAUCGCACUCAACGUCUCCCAGUGGCUCUCCCUCACCGUGUUCGCCUAGACCCCAGCAGGCAGCCUACCUGAUGCCUUCAGAUGCCGUGACGUCAUCAAUUCAGGAUGAAGCCUAAAAGCACCAUAACCUUUGACGGUGAACUUUAUUUGACCUUUUCUAAACUUAAGACUGUUCAGUUGGUCAAUAUAUCAGUACUUUUUGCACAAAUUGCUGUUCUCUAACAAGGAGCUGAACAACAAAAAUUCACAAUGUGUUUGAUUCAUGGAACUUUCCAAGCAUAUACACUCCUAUGCCUUUCUGUGACUCUUCCAGUUGCAACCUGCUGAUGACUUCUGUGUGACACUUGAAAUGGCAAGGUACUGUUGAUGAAUUGUUAGGGGGUGUUUGGGACUUAUGAUGUCAAAAUGUUACCAGCGUAACAUCAAGCUUUGUUAAAAUACAUAUUUUAAUUGAACCAGGAAAUGUAUUAACACAUGUUGUGAUGUUGCCGGCAAGUUGUGCAAAAAGGACUGAAUCAUUGAACAGUUGGACAAAAAUGUUCAGUAAAGGUCAAAUGAAGUUCACCGGGGUUUAAAGAUCAUAAUGUAUUUUAGGUUCGUCCUGAAAAUUUCCCCUUUAAAAGCCCAACAGCCCUAAUUUUUCUCAAGUGGUGUAUAUUGUUAACAACAAAUUAAUUUUAAAAUCAGAAGUCAUGGAAAAUUAUGGUAUGUAAAUAUUUAAGUGUAAAACGACUGUUCCAUUUUAGUUAAGAGGGUAUUUCGUGUAAGGAAAAAUGAAGAGUACAGAAAAAGUGCAAUUUUGGUAAAAGAAAAGAACCAACCCAUUGAUACAGAAACAUGAAGUAGACACACUUUUUAAUUUAGUGGGCCGCAUAAAGUGAUGCGGCAGGCAUAUGUGGGCCCCAGUCCUUGAGUUUGACACCUGUUAGUUUAGCGUUUUGUAACCUCACCGCCAUCUCGUGCGGACCCGCGUGGGGUUCCCAUAUUCACCUUUUUGCACAUUUGCGUUAUUGUGCGUCAAGCCAAGCCCGAGACGAACAGAGUAGUUGCAGGCGUGAGGUGUAGACACGGCUUCCAGCUAUGCUUCCUGUGCCAAACUGCUCGCCAUUUUUGGGAGCACCAAGUAUAACCGUGACAUGUUUAGUAGCUUUUUUUUAUGGUGGAACAAAAAACACUUUUGUAACUCUGAAGAAGAACAUCCUGUUUACACGCAUUAUGAAAGCCGAUCAAUGUCACAGAGUGUGUCGUAAUAAAUAACUUUGAUGAACAUUAGAAAGAAAACAGUUGAACUCAAUCACAUUUGUUGACGUUAAUCAGUUGUUAACUUACAAAUGAAUUACGAGGAGGAGGAACGGAACGGACCGGAAUGCGAGUUUGACCUUUGGGAGAAGGAAAGAUGGCUCAGGCGUCGCUGUUGUUGUGCUCCAUCCUGCUCCGUCCUCUGCAGGACCUCCUCAUGGUUGGCCUUCUCCUCGCUGUGUAGUCCAUCACCGCCCGGUCGGUGAUCAGCGACAGGGCGAAGACGCGCAUGCCGCAGUGGCGAGCCACGAUCACCUCGUAGACCGUGCUCAAGGGAGGCGUCACUCCAGCCGGACUCAAGUGGGACUUUUGACUUGCUUGUCUAAUAACUUGACUCUUAACGACUUGCUUGAGAUUUAGUAAGGACUCGACUUGCCACUCACGCGACUUACUCCCACCUCUGGCGAGCACUAGCAAGCGCAACUCACGCCAAACUUGGGUUGCGCGAGGCACACUUAACCUCUGCGCCAGAUGCUUCACGAAUUGCGCGCGCUCCGUUUCCUACCGAUUGUCGUUGGGUUGUUCCCAGCGAAGCCCGGAAUGGUAAGUCCCCAAAUGAUAAGUCUGGAUAAAUGCACACACAACAUAAAAACAAACAGUCCUAUGAAUAGCAGCAAGCCAUUGUUUGUGUUAUCCAAGGACAUUCCCAAGCAGGUCACUGAUGGUGUAGUGGUACACUCGCCUGACUUUGGUGCGGUCAGCGUGGGUUCAGUUCCUACUCAGUGACGGUGUGAAUGUGGGUGCGAAUGGUUGUCCGUGUCUAUAUGUGCCCUGCGACUGACUAGCGACCAGUUCAGGGUGUAGUCCGCCUUUCGCCCGAAGUCUGCUGGGAUAGGCUCCAGCGCCCCGCGACCCUAACCAGGAUAAGCGGUGUUGAAAAUGGAUGGAUAAGAUAGUUCAUGUAACUGAAAAAUACACACAGACGGUAACAGACAAAACAUGAAAUAAUUUCCAGUGUCCUCUUCUUGCAGCUUGCCUCGUCCGUGCAGCCAGUCGCCCUGCGGGCUGUCCUCGCACUUUGCUCCCCUGACACAGUCUUUGCAAAGCUCAUAUUAGUUCGCCUGCAGCUGCGGGCUUUCUUUAAGGUGCCGAGAAUACGAUCAUCCUUGGUGCAUGAACUGUUUCUCGGUAAACAUCUAAUAGGUUAACACCUGUUAUAAAACUCUGCAAUAUAGCAGAACCGCGAAGCAAGAACCGUGCUUUAUAGCGUAGGAUUAAAGUAAAUACAAACAUAUACAGUGAAAAAUUAUUUUACAAAAAGCCUCACUGCUGUAGCGUAUGAGUUUAGCAAAAAUCUAAUUAAUUGAGGAGAAAAGAAUAAGCCGGAAGCGACGCCUGCGGUACUUUUAUUAAUUAAUUAAUUAAUUUUAAGUUUAAUUGUUGAACUCAAACUAAUUUUAUCUAGUAAAGGGGCACCACAUCACUUUUUAUGUGGAUAAAUUUAGGAAAAGCGAAACCUUUUUAUCAGUCUCGUAAUCUAAAGGUUGCUACACGAUGAAAUGUUUUAGUUCUAGAUGACGGAGGUUUACUUAAACUCAGAACACACAAAAUAAAACCAAGAGUGGAAUUUUAUAGUAUAUUUAAUGACAUCUACAAGGGCUCUAGAGGGAAACACACAAAAGGGGUCGAACUAAAGAAAGAAAAUAACAUGAAUAAAUGAAAUAGAACAUCGUGUGUUGGACUAAAGUUGGGAACGUGAGUGUUUGCUGCCUCCAGUGUGGAUGGGAGAGAGAGAGAGAGAGGACAAAGUUGAGAUUUUGUCUGAAGCUCGUAAUUUCCCCAAACUUAUUAGGCACUAAUAUUGUAGUCUGGCAAAAGUUUGCCAUGUCUACUCACGACCGUAGGAUCAAGCUGGGGGGUGGUGGUCUCUCUCGGGGCUCGUCUCAGGGAGCAUUGAGGCAGAUUUGGGGGGGAAUGACCAUGUCUCUUCCUGCCUUUUUUUUGUGGUUCCCUGGCAAUUCCAGAGCGAUCACGUUUGGCUGGAAGCGUACCUGGUACUUUUGCACCAGCUGCUCUGAUCGCCUAGCGGUGGACCACGGAAAGGCUGGGAAGCCUGGUCUCCAUUCCCAAGGCCCGCGGUUACUGUGUGCUCAAACAAAGAAAGGGCAGGGGGAGGGGCGGCCGAAGCCAGCCCGUGGCUGGCCAGAUGCCAGCAAGACAAGAGGAGAAGAAAAAAAAAACGAGAGAGCGAGAAGGCGGGAGUUAAGACUUAAAUACCCCAGAGGCAGGAGGGAUUGACGACUUGGAGAAGACCACACACAUUAAGUUGCAUCUUGUCUACAAAUUUGAUAAAAUGGGUUAAAAAUCAUAUAUUAAUAUAAAAUAACCUCAACUUGGUACUCUCUUUAUUGAGAGGUCAAGCAUCUCGGGCUGACUGUUUAUAUUUUAGCUUUGGCAAAUCAACUGCUUAUGGUUCAAAUCACUUUUAUGCUGCUUGGAGUCAAAUCAAGACAAACAAUUCUCAAAACCUCGCACUUGCACUUGUACAGUUAGCACUGACACAGAUAUCAAGGCAUACAUUUAGAAUAUUUCUGCAGAGUUCGUGAACUAUCAAAACAGACAUUUAUCCUUGGUUAACAUCAAAUGAGAGUCCCUCCGGUGCGACUUGCAGUUCCCCUCGACGUCUGCGGGUGUCCCAGCAAUUGUUCCUAUUCCCGGUGGCACAUUUGGGGGCCUUUGAUGCUUGGGAGUUCAGACUUUGAGGGUUGAUGUUAAUUAACGGCACUGUGAUGAGCCAGGCUAGCUAGCUAUCGUGUCACUAAGUUAAUAUUCAUCGCCUCCAUGCCAGCUUCGUCACUGGCACAAGACGGCAGCACGGAAUGUCCCUGGAGUAAAUGAGACAUCCACAGCUGCGGAAAUGCCAGAGGGGAGCUGCCUGCGUGAUGAAGUUACCGUCGCUGAGUCACUAAUCAUCGCCUGCAUGGCGGCUUUGUUGGCAGAUUACUAUGUCCCAUCAUGUGCGGACAACAACUGUGUGCUAACAAGAAUUUUACUUGACAUUGUUGGAUCUAUCUCACCCAACACCUAUAAAAAUGCACAAAAGGAAUGAA